AUGAGCCGAAGGAACGGUGCGAAGCUUGAUCUCAAGUUGAACUUGUCCCCGCCGAGGGCUGGGCGCCGCGUUAGUGAGGAGUCUCCGAGGAGGCGCUCACCGUCUGUUUCGCCAACGAGCUCAUGUGUCUCGUCGGAGGCGAACCACCAGGAGGAUCAGUUCCGCUACUUGGAGGGCCAUGAGGAGAACUCGAUGAUGCUGGUGGGAUGCCCCCGUUGCCUCAUGUAUGUGAUGCUGUCGGAGGAGGAUCCGAGGUGCCCCCAGUGCAAGAGCACUGUGCUGCUCGACUUCCUCCAUGACACCGCCACCUCCACCACCAAAAACAACAAGAAUUAGAAACCAGUGGCUCCAAAACAGGAAUAAGGAAAUUUUAAAGAUUCUGCUUUAGUUCAGUUACUUUUCAAAAAAAGAAAAAAGAAUCAAAUCAGAAUGCAGUUAUUUCCAGAGGUAGUUAGCUAGUAGCACUAUUGUUGCUCCGCUUCUCCACCGGCAUGUACAAGGAGGAGUGGAGCCUUAAUAGUGCUACUUUUAUUUCUCCCUUUUUAAAUUAGUUCUGGUCCAUUUCUAUUAAGCAUAGGAAGCAGAUUGCCAUGGCUAUGCAUAACAAAGUUUUAUUUA